GUUCGCCGCGACUUGGAUGGCUUUGCCCAAGAGUUAGACAGCAGCCAAGAGUUCAGCUUUGGAAACGUCAUCCAGAACUUUUCGCUGACAAGCUUCGAGAUCACGACUGGUAAGCAAGGCGGCAUGUAUAUCCACUACUCUGACAGAAACAGCAGCACCAACAACAUAACCGGGACUGGCCAAGGUAACGAAAGCGACGGUGAUGAUAUACCUCUGGCUUCUAUCAUCAGAUCCAAGUCCGAGCCAUCUGUCUACCCUGCCCGGCACUCUGUUGAUGCGCAUCUUGCUCGUCUGAAUGCAAAUGGUGAUGAACAAUCUCGCACCUAUGACUCGGACAACCACAACAGUGCUGCCGCUGCCGCUGAUUUAUAUCAGCCAAGGCGUUUCUUGAGUAGAAGGCCACGAGCUGCUGACAAGGACUCGAAAGUCAAUAACCAGGUCACCAAGUUUGAGAACAUAAGGUCCUUCUCUAUGGAUAAUGGCUCGCGCCCUCUCAAGAAGCCUGUGUCUGCUGCAGCUACCCAAGCGCCCCCCAAGCGCAAGUUCCGCAAGUGGGGUGGUAUUUUCUAGCCAGCCUAUUCUCUUACAUUUCAUUUCUUAAUAUACCCUUAUUCCUCCACGACAAACA